CUUGACAAAAAGCACAACUCUGAAGCAUUUGUAAUAGAUCAUAAAAAUGAAGUUGAUCUACUGUCUUGUGUAUGUAGUCCAGCUCUUCUCACUUGCAUACUGUUUCAAUAAAUGUUACAAAUGUGAUGUAGUAGAAAACAUAUCCUGUUAUGCUGACUGUACCUGUCAGACUUGUAAGGUCCAAGGCCAAAAUGAAUCAAACCAGCUGUAUGUGGACUGCAGCUUCAAAGGCAUGGAAAAUGUUCCGAAUCUCCAUGCAUAUCAAAACGAGAUGAGCGUCUACAAUCUUGCAGGAAAUCUUAUCCAAUGGCUGGAUAAUGAUACAUUUACGAAUGCAUCUGAACUGAAAACCCUGUGUCUUGGGAAGAAUGAAUUAUAUCACAGCAAAAUUGAUUCAUAUGCAUUCCAUGGACUUCGGAAUUUGGAAUCGCUAUCUUUUCAGGAGAAUAUCCAGCUUGGUCAGCUCCGGAAAUCUUGGUUCAGUGGGCUUUUUUCUCUGGAGUAUUUGAAUGUCAAGUAUUGUGGUAUAAGCGUGAUUGACAAAAAUGCAUUUCAAAACUGUAGAAAAUUGAGAUCGAUAAACCUCAGCAACAAUCGAAUUAAAACCCUUCACAAUGACAUUUUUCAACAUAUGAAUUUGCUAAUGGAUCUAUUCCUAUCAAACAACAAGAUUUCAUCAGUUGAAAGUUUUCCAUUCAAUGGAUCGCACCACUUAAAGCUGCUUAUUCUGCAUAAUAACCAGAUUACCACUAUCACCAAGUCUUUUGGCCUACAAAACAUGACUGGUCUAAAAACAAUCAACAUUGCCUUCAACCCCUACAGUUGUGACUGCAAAUUAGUUUGGUUUAGACAAUGGCUUAUCACCACCAACGUCACACUCCAGAAUUACCAGGAGACAGCAUGCACCUCUCCAAAACUCUACCCUCUCUUAGAAUUUGAUCCAGAUUCACUAGACUGCCAACCACUCGGAAGGAUUCUAAGAAUAGUUAUUCCGGCAUGUUCUGCUGGAGUCUUUUUGAUUAUCGUAAUUUCCAUCGUAUACUAUUAUCGAUGGAAACUCAGGUAUUGGCAACACCGACGCAUUGCAAGGAAACAGUAUCAACAAAUCUGUGAGCAGGGUCCAGCGCCUAUUAAUGGCGAUGACAUAAGAUAUGAUGCAUAUGUCUCGUAUCAUAAUGAGGAUCAGGGCUGGGUGUACUCCAUACUCCAACCCACGCUUGAGCAACAACCGUACAAUUUUAAGCUUUGUCUGGACUAUCGCGACUUUAUUGCUGGCGAAAAAAUUCUUGAAAACAUAGCAAAUGGUGUGAAAUACAGCCGCAAAAUGGUACUAGUAGUCACAAACAGUUUUGCGAGAGGCGAGUGGUGCUAUUUCGAACUGGAGAGGGCGCGCAUGCGCAUGUUCGACAAUCAGGAAGACAUACUCGUUGUUAUCCUACUGGAGCAAUUGUUACCACAGAACACACCGGUUCUCCUACAACAGAUUUUAAGUAAAAACACUUAUGUUGAAUGGUCCAUGAAUCCGGAUGAACAAAGAGUGUUUUGGUUAAAACUCACCGCAGCUUUAAAAACACCAAAUGCACGGCAAAGUGAUGAAUUCACUGGAUCUUUAUAAAGCUUGGUUUCCGUGAAAAUCGCUACAUGCUAUCGUUGACUACUUUGGCAACAGAGAUUCAGGGAGCUUUUCUGAUUGCAUAGGGGACAGCUACCAGUGCAAGGAUUGCAGUGAAAAUGCUGUAGCGCCUGUGUAGCGAUUGUAUGGAAACCGAGCUUAACUCAGAUACAAAAGUUUUACAUGUUCAGCUGUAAUUGCUUUGUGUAGGAUAAUAAAUCUUCCUUGAGUGAAAAUCGAACUUAAUAACUAAUCAAUCAGAACAAGGCCGUGAAUAUGCACUAGUCCCUCAGACAUACGUAUUUACGUACAUUUACAUUAGGCUCCAAUGUUGCAUUGUUAGCAGGGGUUUAGCCAUAAAAACGAAAUAGGCAGUCCAACAUGGAAGCCAGUGGGCGUGGCACUGAGCCUAUUAGCAGGCCACGCCGACUCAAGGCCACACCCCUUGCAAAACAUAAGACAAAAAAAUAGAAAAUUAUGAUCUUUAGAGGAGAGUUAAAGGUGUUUUUAUGUUGGAAUUUGUCUUUAUAGGAAUAGUGUUCAAUUUUUAAGUAUAAAUGUUUUUAACACGGUGUGUGUUGUAAGUGAACUUUUCACUGGGUAGGCAAUAGUUUAAGCCUUACAUUUUUGGGAAUCCCCACCGAAUAUUGGUACGAAAACACAGUACAUUUAAUCAAUAAAGUUGUUUUAUCAAACAUAAAUAUAUGAUUUAGCUUUAAUUUAAUGGAACAUCCGAUAGAUUUGAAGAAUAUAAAGAAUUUGCUAAAGGUAGACCAGACCCAAUUAGGCUAGGCCGAGCUGAUUAAGCCAAGCAGUACAAGCCGUCACAGUAAAAGUGGCUGUCUUAAAAAUAAUUGUAGGCCGUCCAAAAGACGGACGGACGGCUUGCUGGCUAAGCCUAUGAUUGUUAGCCUACAUCUGUUUGCUACAUUACACUAAACCUGAAGUUUAGUAUUCGAAGCAACUGAAUUAAAUUUGGAUGAUCUUGAGUUCGAUUUCUGAUUGAGACAAUUCCUCCCACCCACACCACUCAUAUGAGACGCAAGGACAUGAUAGGGGGCUAUUGAUACAAAAAUAGAAUCUACACUAAACAAAAAGUCUAUGUACUAGUUUCUAAUUUUAUCACAACU